AUGAGCGUCCUCUCAAGGUCUUGGGAUGCCGUUGAGUCGCUGUGGGCCAGCCCAAAAGCGACGAAUCUGAUGCUGCAGGAGCUUCAGAUGCUACUUUGUUUGGGGCCUUUGUUGCAGACGGACCUCAGGUGCGACUAUGACGGGUCAGUAACCUGCUCGGACGCUUCGGAGACAGGUGGGGCCGCUGCUCAAAGCGUGCGGCUCAGCUGGUCAGGUCGCUCUCUUGUAGGUUCCCUACAAAGUUCAUGGAUGCGGCCCAUUGAGUAUCCCUUCCUCAUUAUAUCCAUCUUUAAUGGGGUCGGUGGUGCUUUCCGCCUGUAUGACGUGCUGGGGGUCCAGCCCCUCGGGCGCAUCAGUGUGGAAAUUUCAAAGGACGCCAACCGCGUCACUAGGUGCACGUGGCCUGGCGUGGAAGAACUUUUGGAUAUUGAGGAGCUGACCAAGCAGGACGUGCAGAGAUGGGCAAAUAUGUACCCACGGGCGCUAGAAGUGCACCUGUGGGCAGGCUUCCCCUGUGUGCACCUGUCCAGGGUACGUGCCUAUCGACAAAACCUACAGGGCCAAGGUUCUCGUCUAUUCUGGAAGUUAUUGGAAGUACUGCAAUGGGUACAAGAAGUGUUCGCUGGCCAUGCGGCCGUGCGGUUUUGCAUCGAGAACGUCGCUUCCAUGGACGAGGCGGCCAGGAAAGAGAUCAGCUCCCAUCUUGAUGUACAACCAGUUAAGUUGGACCCCUCAGACACCUUGCCUUUCAAUAGGCCAAGGCUGGCCUGGUGUUCUGAGACCUUGUACGAGAUGGAGGAGCUCAGCCUAUGGACUGAAGGGGACUAUAUCAGGGCAUACGUGGAGAACGGGUCGGUGGAGACGAAGCAGUGGAUUCGCCCUGGUUGGUCCUGGCCUGGAGGGGAUACCGGGGAGUGCAAGACCCUGGACUCAACCGAGCGUGAGCUCUUGCUGGGUCUGGGACCCGGGCAUACGAGCACCUGCCGAGCAGCAUCGGUAGCUAAGGCCAACUGGACGGCUUACGAGGACAGCAGGAAGAGUUUGUGCGGUGAUUCCUUUGCGGUCUCAUCGUUCGCUAUCAUGGCAUCAGCAAUGUGUGCGAGCUGGGCACCGCGAAUGAAGCCAUCGCAAAUUAUCAACAGGUUGGGGCUGGCCCCAGGGGCCUCAGCCCAUCCUUCUAUUCGAGUUCCACUUGGACGUUGGUUGGCCUAUGGAGGAGACGCAGACCAAGACUAUCCAGAAGAUCAACUGGUGAGGCAACUGGGCGCCGUGCGGGGACUCGACUGCGUGACUUUUCAAUCACGAGUCAAACCCGCCAUAGGCAUCCUGCCGUAUUUGGAAGCGCAACCCCACUUGCACCAUCUGGAUGAGGUUAUCAGUGACUGGAUUGAAUGGCAGUGGGUCCGUGGAGAGUCUGUGGGGCUGAUCGCUGACGCGCUCUCUGGACUCCACUUUUAUUGGCCCGAAGUUGGAGGUCAUUUACGUGGUGCUUGGAGACUUUUCAAGCAAUGGAGAAAAAUCGAAACCCCCUGCCGUGCUCCGCCCCUGACUCAGGAGCUGGCACGGGCUUUUGUGGCCAAAGCAGUAUCCUCCAAUGAAAUCGCUCUCGCCACCCUCAUUGCGCUGGGCUUUCACGGGCUACUCCGCACCGGAGAGCUGUUGGCGCUGAGGUUUGGUGAUAUUGAAUUCAAUCAGGAGUGCGGGGUGGUUAGCCUACACCAGUCUAAGACCGGGCUGCGCACAGGUAGUCAAGAAGCCAUAGCUGUCCGAGAUCGGCUCACUUUGCAGUUGCUGGACACCCUGGUGUCGUUGCAGCGGCCGUCUCCAGGGACUCCGCUGUGGCCUCGAUCCGCACAAUCUUUCCGUGCCAGCUUUCGAGGUCUCUGCAACUUCUUCAAAGUGGACGGGCUUAACUUUAAACCUUACUCUCUUCGUCGAGGAGGAGCUACAUACUUACUUCAAAACAACACCGCGCUGGAAUCGAUUCUCGUGCGUGGUAGAUGGAGGAGUUUAUCUGUUGCGCGCCUCUACCUACAGGAUGGCCUGGCGCAAAUCCCGGGUCUACGAAGCUCUGCGGGUCAACACAGGGUGAUCAGUGCAUGGGCGAGUAAGACCCCGGUAACGGCCUUUCGGCCAUGGCAAAAGCUCAGUGACAUCUAUGUGCUGGAGCUUUUUGCUGGAACAGCUCGACUGACCCGUAGUUUCAAACGAAAGGGGUUCAAGGGGCUGGCUUUUGACAAAUCCUCAAAGAGGGCAGAAGGUCAGAAUGUUUUGGAGUUCGACUUGUCCAAUUUGGAAGAAGUGAACUCACUUUUACGUUUCAUCAAGGCACGAGCUAAACAGAUAGCUCGAGUGCACAUGGCACCGCCGUGUGGAACGGCUAGCCGGGCUAGGGGAAAGAGAUUGCGCUUUCUUAAAGCCCUCAACAUCAAAGAGCCGAAACCACUGAGGGAUGACCAUCACCCAGACGGGUAUCCGUGGCUGAAAGGCACAGACAAGUUGAGAACUGAAGCAGCAAAUUUGUUGUAUGAAACCACAGUUCUCAUUGCCCAAGUCGCUAUCGAAUACAACAUUGCUAUUACCAUUGAGAAUCCGGCCAACAGUUUGAUGUGGGCACAAAAGCUCAGAUCGGCAGAUGCAGAGUUGUUGAACGAAGCGCCAGUCCAUCUACGUGGAUUGCUCAAAGGAAAGAGACUUGCGUUGUGGCAGGAAAUGGUCGACUUUUUCGACUACCCGGACAAGAGGUUGGUCAACGAUAUUUUGCAUGGCUUCCCCAUCACUGGAUGGAUGCCAGAUUCAAACGUUUUUCCGAAGGAAGUCAAAGAGCCGAGCCUUGAUGUGGACACAUUAGAGUCGCUGAGCAAAGGGAUGAACGCACAUGUCAAAGCCAAGGUCCUAGCAGCCGGCUCCAACGAGAUGGCAGCAAUCACAUGGGCAGAGACGAGCAAGGAACUGGAGGAAGGUUGGAUGGAAGUUGACAAGGGGCAAGGUGACAACGCAGCCUGGGCGAUGCGUUUUGGUUUGCAACAAAAGGAGAAGGUGAGGGUCAUUGAUGACUUCAGCAUUGCAGGAGUCAACCAAACGACUGGCAUGAAUGAGAGGCUGAAGAUUUUUGGCAUUGACGACAUUGCCGCGCUCCUUGCGCACUCACUGGAUUCCAAUGGGGAUAAACAGCACCCCAAAAUGUUGGGGAAGACAAUUGACUUGCGCAGCGCCUACAAACAGUUUGGGAUAUGUACGGAAGACAGGCAACGCAUUCGUGUUGCUACGUGCGAGCCUUCUGCCUCUGAACUUAUUCUUCUCAUGGUCAACUCGUUGCCUUUUGGCGCGACUGGGAGCGUUGCUGCUUUUCUUCGCAUAUCCAUGUUUUUGUGGUAUGUAGGAAUGGCUGGGCUCAAAUUGGCUUGGACUGCAUUCUACGAUGACUACACACUGAUCAGCCGAGAAGACUGUGCGAAAAAUGCGAGCUGGGCAGCUGAAUGCCUGUUUGACGUGUUAGGAGUUUUGUUUGCGAAGGAGGGCAAGAAGGCCACACAGUUUGACACACGUUUCAAUUCACUUGGAGUUGUUUUUGAUUUGCAAUGCAUGGUCGACAGACUGGUCUUUGUGGGGCACACGGAAUCCAGGAGGACAGAACUUGCUGAGUCAUUGAGAGACAUGCUUGAGAAGGGUCCCGGUCCUGGUGGUGAUGGUCAGCCUGAUGGGAAGAAGAAUGGCCCGGCCACCGAGAAAGGGCAGAAACAAGACCCUGAUGAAAUAGCAAUCAAAAACAUUUGCGACGCGAUGACCUUGAAGAAAGAGGAGAUCAUCGUUCCGCUCAAAUUCUUCAUCGGCAACAAGCUGCAAUUUCCUUUGAUGAUGCAUGAUGCAGUGCGGGAUUCCUUGACCAGCAUCAUGGACAUGCCAAAAAGUCCAAAGACGGUGUUUGCGACUGUGGAAAACCUCCGUUUGUUUACAUCUUUGAGAGUUCGCUACUUGCUCGUCGUCAUCAAGGAAACUUUGGGCAUGCCUGACAUGCGCAUCAGUGACAUGGAUAUGAACAAGAAAACGAUGUUGCUGGAACUUUGCGACGCUCCCAUGGGACAUGACUGGUUUGAUCUUCUGGUGACGUUCGACUCUAUCCAGUUUGACCGUUUCUGGGUGAAGGAGUGGGCUACCCUUCUCUCUUGCUGCAGCUGUGCAGCAAUCAUGAAAAGGUCCAAGGCCAUGCACAGCGUGCAGACUGUGGACGCACCAUCAUCUUCACCGCAGCAGAGCAAAAAGAUGCUGGAUGUUGAGUCUGUCCAGUAUGUGAAGAAGCAAGGUGACGGUGACAAAGACCUCAAACGUUCCAAGGAGACCGAGGGCUCCAAGGAUGGUGCCAAAGAUGAUGAUGUGCAGCAGUCAGGCAUCAAGAGGAAAAACUCUAAUGUCCAACCUGAUGAUUCAACAUCGCUUUCAUCUGGGAUGACAUUGCUCCAAGCGAAUUGCUACAAAGAUUCGGACCUGAUCAAGAAAUUGGAGAUCUUGGAUGCAUCGCCAGAAGCUGAGAUGUUGGGCUUCACCGACAAGACUGAGUUGGACACCGUCUUUUGCAAGGUUUUGGAACGAAAGCUUGAAGUGCUGCAGUGGGAGCUCUUCAAGCAUGCUGAAGUCGGCUCCAACUUGGUUGUGCUCAACAUCGCAGACAAGAAGAACUUUGUGAGGGUGAAAGUGCCAUGUGGUGACAUCUGUUUGCCAUUUGCGGGACAGGUGUCCAGGGCAAAUGGGAAAGGUGCCAUUUUCUUCUGCAAAGUCUUUGGCAUGUCCUUCUAUGUUCAACCACGAUCAGAGGGCAUGAACUCCGACGUAGUCAUUCCAGCUUGGUCUUCAAAACCAGUGAGCAAAGCAUGUGACAGCUUCUUCGUUCAGAAGAAGAGGGAGUACCAGAUCUGUCUGGAGUUGCCCCAUGGCCACAAACCUGAGGGAAUUUGUUUCCACUUUGCCGAGUCGAAAGAGGCGCAAGAAGCUCUGGAAGCGAAGUGCAACCAAGCUGGGUCGACGUUCUGUUACUUGACUUUCGGGGCGGGUUGGAUUGAUGCCUCCUUGCAGUGCCUGCAGCCCAUCGAGAACUUGAUGGAGAAACUCACAAGUGAUCAUGAGAAGGCAAAGGAGAAGGCUGAGAAAGCUGCGAGGACACUCGUUCAAACAGCCGUGAGAAAGAAUGCCGCUGCGCAGAGCAAAGAUGCAAAGAAGAGAAAAAAGGAUGCUGCCAAUGAUGCUGUUGCCCGGUUGGAGCUUGAAGCAACCUUGGCCCAAGAGGCAUUGGACAAAGCAAAUCAAAAUCAAAACCAAGAGGAGAGUGUGAAAGCAGCAGUUGAGAAGGCUUUGGCGGCUUGCAAACUUCCAACCCAUGUCAAUCUGACCGUUCUGAACAAGACCAUGGCGGAUGCGGAGACCAGCAAGACCGCUGGCACUGCUGCCAUGGAAUCAAAGCUGCGGGAAGCGCAGGCAAAAGUUCUUGCGGCCAGAAAUGGUGGCAGCGCUGGCAGCUGCAGUGGUGGUCAGUCGUCAGAUGAUCAAGAUGUGGCAGCCGGAGCCCUGGGAUUACAAGCUGCGAUUGUGGCUCUUCGCCGCUCCGGUUCUUUGGCUCCACCUGUCAAGAAGACUAACAAGGGGAACAAAAGCUUGAAGGAGAUCGAAGGUGAGAUGCGUAGGUUUGGGAAGCACCUGCUAAAAUAG